GUUUCGACUAAGCACCGACUCAAAAUCCUAUUUAUAUGGAUAGAUUGUAUCAGUCACCACAUUAAAUAAAUAUCAUAAGUCCUAGUUUCAUUCAAACAAAGAACGAACGAUGUCGACCUCCAAGAAGAUCGUGUUGAAGAGCUCGGAUGGCCACAUCUUUGAGGUUGAAGAAGCAGUGGCUCUCCAGUCGCAGACCAUAGCUAACAUGAUUGAAGAUGAUUGCGUCGACAAUGAAAUCCCUAUUCCCAACAUUAAUGGCGAGAUCCUCUCUAAAGUGAUCGUGUAUUGCAAGAAACACGUCGUCCUCCCCGAUGGUGACUCGUCCUCUUCCGCUAAAGAGGAGCUCAAGGCUUGGGAUGCCGAGUUCAUGAAGACAGACCAGUCGACGCUCUUUAACCUUAUUCUUGCUGCUAAUUUUCUGAAUAUAAAAAAUCUUCUUGAUCUUGGUUGCCAAACAGUGGCUGAUAUGAUCACAGGUAAAACUCCAGAGGAGAUUCGUACUGUGUUAAACAUCGAGAACGAUUUCACACCCGAAGAAGAGAAAGAGAUUCGCAAAGAAAACCAAUGGGCGUUUGAAUGAACGUGUGUCGAUGGUCACUUUGGAUGACUUAGUCUCUUUCUCACCUUAUUCAUGAUUAUGUUCUUCCUCGCACAUUCGUGUGCUUUCUUUGCGUUGGAUAAUAAAUUAAUAAGAGCAAUUAUUUUUCUCUUUUCUAUAACGUUUCUUUUUGUUAAUUUUAUAAGGAGUUAGCAUAUUCAAUGAAAAUACCAAAUAUUUAAACAAGACAACAACACAAGUAGAUUAUUUAAGAGCAUAUCCAACGGUAAAGUUCUUAGGCACAAGUUUUUAGUUGUUGUUUUUCUGGUUUUAAAAAAAUAAAAUAAAAAUAAUAAUAAUCGAAUUAAUUACAGACCGCCAUGUAUUGAGGGACCCGUGCACAAUGCAAAAACCAAACUAAACUCGACUCUUACAAAGAGGCAGAAGAGACAGCUCUUAAUAAUAUGGUAGGACCCGUUUAUUUUGAAUUAUUUUUUAAAAGGCAGCUAUAAGAGCUGCCGUUAAUCCUGGUCUAAAGUUGCACUUUUUAGGACCCACAAAAUAGUCGAUUGAUCUUGAUAGGACAUAAUGUGGUUAAUUCAAAAAAAAAAAAAAGUAAAAAAACCUUGAUGAAUAUUAUAAAGAACAACAUAAUCUGACGAGAACAAAAACUGAACCAAACGUUGUAAGUGUUGAAUCGAGUAAAUGUACUCAGCCACCCCGGGCCGGGUUCCCCUGUUCAUUAGAGGGGAUUCCUCACUUUCUCCAACGGCGGGUUAGGGGAUUCUGAUUAAUUUCAAAUUUUGGUAUCAAUUUGUUGAGAAAGAACAAAGUUUUGCUAUUCACGUUUGCUCCUUUUGUUUCAUUUGAUGCAAAUCUUC